AUCCUGCUACACUGAAUAUAUUUUCGACGCGCCCCAAUCCAAAGAAAAAACGUAAAUCGCGCACAGCCUUCACAAAUCACCAAAUAUUCGAGCUCGAGAAACGCUUCCUUUACCAAAAGUAUUUAUCACCGGCAGAUCGUGACGAGAUCGCUGCGGCCUUAGGUCUCUCCAAUGCACAGGUGAUCACUUGGUUCCAAAACAGACGUGCCAAAUUGAAGCGGGACAUGGAGGAGCUGAAAAAGGACGUCGAGAGCGUGAAACAAUUACCCGACCAGUCAGCAGACAUCAGCAGCCACCAAUAUCAAUCGGCUUGCCGACAGCGCCUACAACAGCAUCAGCAGCAUUUAAUGGCCACUCUGAACAGCAACCAUCGCAAUUUGGUGCAACAUAUGCACCGACUAUCGCCCUUAUCCUGCCUGCUGGCACAGUCACCCAGCCAGCAACAGCAUCCAUUCCCAUACAACAAACACAGCGACAUGAAUCAGAAGCACUCAGUGUAUCCAUUGAAAUUGCAACCAACCACCGAAGCGUCAGCGGCGGUGGGUGGGGUGAAGGCAACAACAGCGUGGCAGCAAGAGCGAACGGCCGCCGCACAGCCACCGACGCAAGCACCGACACAUCUCAAUCAAGGUUGCACCAACUCAACAACAGCAGAGGAUAAGAAAGAGCUGAAAAUGCUGAAAAUGAUGACUUUGAUGUACUACACCAGCCGUGCACAGGCCGAUGCUGCGGCUGGUGAUGCCGUCACUGUGUGUGGCAAAGGUGUGGGUAGUGGCAACGGUGGCAUACAUGCCGACCGCACGUCGUGCAAGUUCAAUGGCAAUUAGUAAGAGACUCUUUUUACCAGAUUGUUUGGAAAAAUAUCUGUAUUAGCCCAAUUUGUAAAUUAUACUGAAAAAUAAUGAUUACGUAUAGGAUGCAUUAAAAAGAAUCUUGUAUUGUAUAUAUGUAUGUUUGUAGAUAUAAAUAUGAUUUAAUUAUAAGCAUGUUUCCAUAUCCAUAAGUAUAUAUGUAUGUUUGCACAGUUAGCAACAGAUACAUGUGAAGAAACAGUUACUAUGCCAAUUGCCAAAAUUUAAAAUAUGUAAAUCGAAAAGUAGGUCAUUAAGCGCUGCACUUGCUUCACCGUUCAUGUGCGUUAGUCGAUGUACACUAGACUGGGUCACGAAAAAAGUUUCUUAUAACGACCGCCACUAAAUUGAAAACUUACUUGGAGGGGAUUUUGGCAUCAUUAAAAUGCUAGUCACACGUAGACAAGUCCCAAAAACCGUGAAAGUUUGUGAGCCAUUUAAGAACCUGAACUUUUAUAAUAAAGGCCGUUGGGAAGAAAUUAGUUUUGAACUUUUAUUGCGUAUGAAAUAAAAUAAUCGGUCAACCCAGAAUUUUUAAGGCCGAAAUAAAAAUCUGCUCCUAAGCAAAUUUGGUAUCAAAUUGAAGAGGAUUAAAAUAAUUUUUUAAACUGAAAUACCUAAACGAGGAAGGCAACCUAUUAAAAAACACUAAUUACCAUAGAACAAUCCUUGGGUUAGGUAUAUGAAUUUAUUUUGUAUUCAAUUAU